CUAGGUUUAGCAUGAAUGUUAUAUUGAUUUGACUACUUAUAAAAAGAAAAGAUGUAUGGUUCAAAUUCAAUUGCACCUAACCAUUCAAAAUAUUAUGAACAAGAUCAAGAUUCAGAAGAACUUGAAGAAGUAGAUGAUUUAAAAAACCCUUUGGCAGACAAAGAUAUAGAUAUGGUAGAUGAAGAAACAGGAGAAGGAAAUUACAAUGAAGAUAACGAUGAUGAUGAUAUAACACCAGAUUUAUGGCAAGAAGCUUGUUGGAUUGUUAUUUCCUCUUAUUUUGAUGAAAAAGGUUUAGUGAGACAACAACUUGAUUCUUUUGAUGAGUUUAUUCAAAUGUCUGUUCAAAGAAUUGUUGAGGACUCUCCACCCAUUGAACUCUUCACUGAACCUCAACAUAUAUCUGGAAGAAUCGAGCAACCUACAAAAUACACAUUAAAGUUUGGCCAGAUCUAUUUAUCCAAGCCUACCCACUGGGAAAAGGAUGGUGCUCCUAGUCACAUGAUGCCUAAUGAAGCUAGACUUAGAAAUUUGACUUAUUCAGCCCCUUUAUACGUGGACAUAACUAAAAGGGUAGAAAAAAAUGGGGAAGAAGUAGUUGAAACACAACAUCAAAAAACAUUUAUCGGAAAAAUUCCUAUAAUGCUUCGUUCGACUUAUUGCCUACUCAAUGGGCUGACUGACAGAGAUCUCACCGAACUAAACGAGUGCCCACUUGAUCCAGGUGGUUAUUUCAUAAUAAAUGGCUCCGAAAAAGUGAUAGUAGCUCAAGAAAAGAUGGCCACUAACACGGUAUACGUUUUCGCUAUGAAAGAUUCAAAGUAUGCUUACAAGGCGGAAUGCCGAUCUUACAUUGAAAAUUCGUCUCGCCCCACUAGUACAAUGUGGGUCAAUUUACUAGCCAAAGGAGGGCAGGGAGCUAAAAAGAGCGCUAUAGGGCAAAAGAUAGUUGCCAUCAUACCUUACAUCAAACAAGAGAUCCCUAUAAUGAUAAUAUUCAGGGCCCUUGGGUUUGUGUCCGACAGGGACAUAUUGGAACAUAUAAUAUACGACUUUGAAGAUCAGGAGAUGAUGGAAAUGGUUAAACCAUCGUUAGACGAAGCCUUCGUGAUUCAAGAGCAGAAUGUGGCACUUAAUUUUAUAGGUAGUCGCGGAGCUGCCAAACCAGGCGUCACCAGGGCCAAGCGCAUAAAAUAUGCCAAGGAAAUUUUGCAACGGGAAAUGCUUCCCCACGUGGGGGUCAGCGAUUUCUCCGAGACCAAGAAGGCUUAUUACCUAGGCUACAUGGUCCAUCGACUAUUACUUGCUGCAUUAGGUAGACGCGAAGUCGAUGACAGAGAUCAUUAUGGCAAUAAACGCUUGGACCUGGCUGGUCCUUUGUUAGCUUUCCUUUUUAGGGGUUUAUUCAAAAACCUGAUGAAAGAGGUUCGACUUUACGCCCAAAAGUUUAUUGACAGGGGCAAAGACUUUAACCUAGAACUUGCUAUCAAGACCCGUAUUAUAACAGAUGGACUUAGAUAUUCCUUAGCCACUGGCAACUGGGGAGAUCAGAAAAAAGCUCAUCAGGCUAGGGCAGGUGUUUCACAGGUUUUGAAUAGGCUCACAUUCGCUUCCACGCUCUCCCAUUUACGCAGGCUUAAUUCCCCCAUAGGACGGGAUGGAAAGCUGGCGCGGCCUAGACAAUUACACAAUACUCAUUGGGGAAUGAUUUGUCCUGCUGAGACGCCAGAGGGGCAUGCCGUAGGUUUGGUGAAAAACUUAGCUCUUAUGGCUUACAUAUCCGUGGGCAGUCAACCAGCUCCUAUUCUGGAAUUUUUGGAAGAAUGGUCCAUGGAAAAUUUGGAGGAGAUCGCCCCAUCUUCCAUCGCAGAUGCCACAAAAAUAUUUGUAAACGGUUGCUGGGUGGGAAUCCACAAAGACCCCGAUCAAUUGAUGACCACUCUAAGAAAACUUAGACGUCAAAUGGAUAUUAUUGUAUCUGAGGUUUCGAUGGUCAGGGAUAUACAAGAUAGGGAAAUAAGGAUAUAUACUGAUGCUGGGAGAAUAUGUAGACCUUUGCUAAUCGUUGAAAAUCAAAAACUCCUACUUAAAAAAAGGCAUAUAGACAUGCUCAAGGAACGGGAAUACAAUAACUAUGGAUGGCAAAAUUUGGUGGCCAGUGGCGUCGUUGAAUACAUAGAUACGAUGGAGGAAGAAACCAUUAUGCUAGCCAUGACCCCUGAAGAUUUGACGGAGAAAUCCCUCAACGGAUAUUGUUCCACUUACACGCAUUGCGAAAUUCAUCCAUCUAUGAUACUUGGCGUAUGCGCUUCUAUCAUACCCUUUCCCGAUCAUAAUCAAUCGCCACGUAACACUUACCAAUCGGCUAUGGGCAAACAAGCGAUGGGGGUUUACAUAACUAAUUACCACGUUCGGAUGGACACAACGGCCCACGUACUUUACUAUCCUCAAAAACCUCUUGUCACGACUCGGGCGAUGGAGUACCUCAGAUUCAGGGAGCUACCAGCCGGUAUCAAUGUUAUAGUAGCCAUAUUAUCUUACACCGGAUAUAACCAAGAAGAUUCUAUUAUCAUUAACAAUUCCGCUAUCGAAAGAGGCUUGUUUAGGUCCGUUUUUUACCGGUCGUACAGAGACGUUGAAUCUAAAAAAGGAAUUGACCAGGAAGAAAUGUUUGAAAGACCCGAGAGGGAACACGUUAUUGGAAUGAGACAUGCCCUAUACGAUAAGCUGGAUGACGAUGGUAUAGUAGCGCCAGGUACUAGGGUAUCUGGCGACGAUGUUGUCAUAGGAAAAACUAUAACUUUACCAGAAAAUGAAGAAGAGCUGGAUAUUAGUGCCAAAAAAUUCACGAAAAAAGAUGCCAGUACUUUUCUAAGAUCUAGCGAAACCGGAAUUGUUGAUCAGGUAUUGCUUUCUCUCGAUUCUGAAGGCCGUAAAUUUGCCAAAGUAAGAGUCAGAAGUGUGCGAGCCCCUCAAAUAGGAGAUAAAUUCGCUUCCCGGCAUGGGCAAAAGGGAACCUGUGGGAUCGUUUAUGGGCAAGAGGAUAUGCCUUUUACGGCCGAGGGCCUCACUCCGGAUAUCAUAAUAAACCCCCACGCCAUUCCGUCUCGUAUGACUAUAGGCCAUCUUAUAGAGUGCUUACAGGGUAAAGUUAGCGCCAAUAAAGGCGAAAUAGGCGAUGCUACUCCCUUCAACGACGCCGUCAAUGUACAAAAGAUAUCUAAUUUGCUUAGAGAAUAUGGCUACCAAUCCCGUGGCAAUGAAGUUCUCUACAAUGGUCACACUGGUCGCAAACUCAAUUCUCAAGUCUUUAUAGGACCCACUUACUACCAGCGGCUUAAACACAUGGUCGACGACAAAAUUCAUUCCCGGGCUCGUGGUCCCCUUCAAAUUCUUACCAGGCAACCCGUCGAAGGCCGUAGUCGUGAUGGCGGCUUGAGGUUCGGGGAAAUGGAACGGGAUUGUCAACUGAGUCAUGGGGCGGCAGCUUUUUUGAAAGAAAGGUUAUUCGACGUAUCUGACCCUUACUCGGUUACCGUAUGUGGCAUCUGUGGAUUUUUGGUGAGCGGACCUUUAACUAACUCAACUAAUUCUAUGGAUGGAGGUAGAAGAUCUGGAAAAGGAGGCCCUAGCUCAAGGUCCCUUGAAUGUAAAGCUUGUGGUGGUGGUGUUAGUCAGUUGUGCGAAGUCAAAUUGCCUUAUGCAUGUAAAUUGCUUCUUCAAGAGCUCAUGUCCAUGAGUAUAGCUCCCAGAUUAGUAGUUUGACCGUGAAGGGAGAAUUUAAUUUUUUUUUAAAUUAGAAUGAAAAUAUGGGUAUAUAAAAUUUGUACAAAUUUAUUUUAUUUUUAAAUACCCAAUGUUUUAUAUAUACAAUUUUGCUAUAAAGUUAUAAACGUCAUUUUUUUGUAUAACUAAUUUUCUAUUAGGAGUAACCUAUGGUAAUUUAAAAAAACAUUAGAAUUACAAAUUAUUAUCCUGAGAAAUUUAAUCUUUUGGUUACUGUUCUUUUUAAAUGUAAUUAUAUAAUACUCGCCUUGGAGUCUCAUCACGUUCCAUUAUUGUGCCAAUAUUUCUACUCGAACCCAGACUGAUCCUGUAUGUAUAGGAUCCACUAGACUUGAUGAAUAUUGAUUGUUAUUCGAGUUAAGUGCACUGGAUAUUUGCCGUAAACCCUUUUAAUCUAUUUUAGAUAGUGCUAACAAAAAGUAAGAAAAAAACAGGUGGCUUAGGAUGAAAUCAAAAUAGUAGAUUUUAUCGUUUCCAAACUAUUAAAAUUAAACCUUUAUAAUUUUCUAAGCCGUAAACGAAUCUUUGUACAAAAUCGCCAAAAGGAGCGGACCGAAUACUGGGCAUAUAAAACAUUGUAUAAAUAUGUUUUAAUUUAAGUUGAUAAUUAAAAUUUACCUGUGAUUUUUCUCCUUGGAAUUUAUUAUAUUUCGUUUAUAGUUGCAUAUUUUAUUUAAUUAUACAUAUUUUUUUUAUUGUGGUUGACAAAAUACAAUUUACAAAUCUUGGAACAAAUUUUUUAAUCAAAUAUUGAAU